AUGCUCUUCCACUAUUUCCUCAUGAAACCUCUUACUGAUAUGGACAUUACGAAAAUUGAGAAAGAAAUUGAUCGAAUUAUUGGUAUCGAACGGUUGGUUCUUUGUGUUGGGCCUCAUGUUGAAUCUGUUGGCCACAUCAAUAGACAAGUUGUUGAGCUUGAGUCAUUUGUUGGGACUUCUUGGCGAGGAGACUCCAAUAAACCAAUGCUGCAAGGAAUAUAUGGUACCGCAUGGGAGAGCGCAAAACAAUUUAAAGCUUAUUUUCACUUCGAGAAGGAGGCUAAAAAGUGGGACCAACGUCGAAUUGGUCAAGAUCUUGAUAUCUUUUCCAUAGAGGAUGAAGCUGGAUCCACUGAUGUGUUACAGCGUGAGGUGGUCCCACGAAUUCUUGGACAUGAUGACAUAGUUGGUCGACAUUCCACCUUUGCGGUCGAGAGGCAGAAACCGUCGGGCGAUUCCUGCCUUGGGUACGACUCCAACCGUCAGCAGGGAGAUCGGUCGGAUUCGAGGGAUAAUCCUUCUCAAUCGGGGGAGAAUAGUGCAGACGGAAUAUUAUGCCUAAUGAUCACAUGA